AUGUCUCCCAUGACAGAAACCAAACUUACUGUCUCGUCCUCUCAAGCCCGGGCGGUGCAGGCAGCAAUCCAACAAUGGAAAAACCAACACCUCGUAUCAUCUUCUCUGGCCUCUCAGCUUCUCGAAACCCUCAAUGUCGAAGACAGCUUUGACUGGCAGCGCUUUGCAAAAUACUCUUUCCGCCUAGCCAUCAUCUGCCUAGCCAUUGCGAUCUUCAGCAUUCUCACCGACGAUGCCUUCUUGAAACUAAUCAGGCGCGUCUUCUCCAUCCCAGCCUGGAUCAGGAGCCUCUGCACGGCCGCUGUGGCCGCCACGGUGCAUUACUGGGGCUACCUGCGGCAGCUUGAGCAGCCGCUGCAGGUCUGGACAAAUGAGAGCGCCCAUGCGCUCGGCGGGCUCAUCGUCGCCGUGGCCGCGUGGCAGCUGUUCGAGUGGCUAGGCGCGCCCAAGAAGAGGAGACAGCUUACGUAUGAGAGCGGCUUGAGCGACGAGGAGAAGGGCAGGCGGAUCCAGGCCAACAAGGACCAAUACGCCAUGCAGCUGGAGGUCAUAAUCUGGAUUGUUUUGCUGCUUGCUGUCGUCUACGGGACCACGGGCAUGCUGACGGGAAGCAACCUGAUAUGGUCUACUGCUUUACUUGUCCUUGGGACGUGGCUCGGCGUCUUCACGGGUUACCACGACGCGCUCGCGACGUAUUCCAUUUACAUGGAAUAUCCGUUGCGCUUCGUCCUAUUCGGGCUCAGCCUGACAGGAGUGGGAUACACAAUGCGCCGGUGGGAGCGUACUGUUCCGCUCUGGUCGAGCACGCGUAUCUGGGGCCUACUCUACCUCUUCAUCGCACUCUGGAUUCUUUCUCUCUUCGGCGACGACGAGCUCUUCUCUAGAAAGAAAAAGACACCGAAACCAUCCCACGACAACAAGAACCGUAGGCUGUUUGUAUGGUCUCUCAUAUUCGGACUGGCCGCGGGCUACUGCAUCGUACAUGGUAUGAAACACGAUGAUGGCACCACGAAGGGCUUUGGGUUGGCUUUUUUGGGUAUCAAUCUCUACACUAGGUUUUUCGAGUUGUUCUGGCAUGCUUGGUAUAAGCCAUUGUUUUUCGCUGUGUUGGCCGGAACUUUGGCCGUUAUGGGACGAUAUGCCGAGAGAGUCUGGAACAUGCAACUUCAGAUCUAA